AUGCUGCGGCUGCUGGUGGCCAGCGCCCACAUCCCAGCAGCCACGGGCGCCGGGCCCGGCAUCCACGUGUCCGCCCGCUUCAGAGGUGUCCCCAGGAGCACCCGGGUUGUGCCGGCAGAGCGCAACCCCACCUGGAACGAGGUACGAGUGAGGGUGAUCGAGGGCCACCAGCUGCAGGGGAAUGACAUCAAGCCGGUGGUGACGGUCCUCAUCGGCGAGCACCGCUUCAGGACCAGGAUCCGUGUGGGGAACAACCCCUACUACAAUGAGGUGGCCCCAGGGGAUGGGGACCCGCCGGUGUCCCCCCCGCCCACCACCACGCUCACAGUUCUCAACUCCCGGGCCAUCCGCGCUGAGGCCACCAUCGGCGCCUUCAAGCUGGACGUCGGCACCAUCUACAAUGCACCCGGUCGCAGGCUGAGCUGGAAGUGGCUGAGCCUGCAGCACCCCCGGCGCCCCGAGGCCGGGUCCUGCGGCUACCUCCGCGUCAGCCUGGCUGUCCUCCGCGCUGGCGAGCCUGUGGCGGAGCCAGAGGAACCAGCGGGGAGCGAGGAGGUGGAGGCCAACCUCCUGCAGCCUUCGCCGCUCACCCCGUGCGUGGCCACGCUCCAGCUCCGCGUCUACCGCGCCGAGGACCUGCCCCAGGAGGAACCGACCCGGCCGUACCUCCCGGCAGUGCUACCGGCCGGCGGCAAGCGGGGCUUCGUGGCGGCGGCGGUGCAAGCCAGCUUCGCCGGCAGGACGCUCUGCACCCGGGUGAUGCCCCCCGAUGCCAACCCUGCAUGGAACGAGGUGCUCUUCUUCCCGCUGCGGCUGCCUCCUGUCUGUGAUGCCAUCGAGCUGGCCAUCAUCAGUGGGUCCCGCGCCAAGGUCCUGGGCACCGCCACCCUGCACCUCUCCCAAAUCUCCUCUGCUGGUGCCGAGCUUCAAGGGGGGGUCUCUGGCUUCUUACCCUGCUUUGGACCCAGCUUCCUCCCCUUCUACGGCCCUCGGCCGGAUCCUGCCAGGAGACCCAGCACCCCCAGCGAAACCAGGGUUGCAUACCGGGGCCGGGUGCUACUGGAGCUCAGCACCCACACCGGGAGCCCGGAUGGGCGCCAGCAGGACACCAUCGCCCCCGAGGACAUCGCCCGCGUGCAGCGCCUCCUGCCCCAGUGCCGCCGCUUCGGGCUGUGCGGGGUGUUUUACUCGGCCACCAUGCUGGCACCCGCAUCCGAGCUGCUGCGCUUCGAGCUCAGCAUCGGCAACUACGGGGACACCGGUGACCCCACGUGCUACCCCGCUGCCUCUGCCACCCCGCACGGCCACCCCCUCUUUGAUGGCAAUCGCUACCACUACCUGCCCUGGUACGACGCCAAGCCGGUGGUGGCCGUCACCUCCAUUUGGGAGGACGCUGGCCUCCGCUGGGACGCCACGAACCUGCUGCAGAACAUGGCCCGGAGGCUGGUGAGCACCCAUGGAGUGGCACUGCCAGUGCUGGAGGCGCAGCUCCCCAAAACGCCGCUGGACACGGAGCUGCGUGCUGCCCGCCUGCACCUGCUGCGCCUCAUGGCCGCGGCGGCGACCGCCGGCCCCCCGCGCGGUGGCUGGGCCGCGCUGCUACCUGAGGCCGAGGCCUGGCUAGGCCGCGUGGCCGCGCUGGCGGCCGAGCCGCAGGCCGGUGUCCCUGACGUGCUGCUGUGGCUGCUGAGCGGGCCACGGCGGGUGGCCUGUGCCCGCAUCCCCACGCACUGCCUGGUGUUCUCACCCCACGGCCGUGCUGCCUGCGGGAGGCUCUGCGGCCGGACCCAGACCCUCUUCUUGGGGGCCUCGGGCCACAUCCAUGCCCAGCUCCGUGUCCGGCUGUGGCUGGGGCACGUGGCUGAGAGCCGGGACCUGCCGCGGUGCCUGGAGGGCACCCUGCGCAUCUAUGCCGAGACGUAUGAAAACCAAACGAAGCUCCUGGGCAAGUGGAGCGGGAGGGGGCUGCCGGGGCGCCCCAGCUUCUCCGACAUCACUGGCAAAGCAGGGCUGCCCCGCCACCGGAUCCGGCCCCCCAAGGGCUGGCGCUGGGACGGACCCUGGGCUGUGGAGCCACCGCGGCGGCUGCUGCUGGACACCGAGGCCAACCUGGGCAAGGUGCUGGAGGAGGUCUACGAGAAUGAGAGCCGGCAGCCCGGCGGGGACUGGGGACCUGCUGCCAUGGCCAACACUGAUGCCCACAGCCCCGAAGCGCCGGCGGCGGACGAGGCGUGGGAGUACGCGACCCUGUGGGGCUGCCGCUUCCACCUGCGGCCCCGCGCUGGGGACCUGUGCCGGCGGCGCUGCUGGCACCGGCGCAUGGUGCCAUCGCAGUCCUCAUCCGUAGCCCCCCUCUUCCUCCUAGAGGGCUCCCCGGGCACGGAGGCGGCAGUGCUGGAGGGCGAGCAGCCGGCAGCAGGGACCAGGGGCCAGGGACACCCGCAGCAGCCCAUGCCCCUCAUCCUCUGCACCUUCCAGCGGCCCAGCUACUUCCAGCUGCGCUGCUACCUCUUCCAGGCGCUGGAGCUGGUGCCCCACGGCACCAAGGCCACGGCAGACCCCGUCGCCCACGUGUCCUUCGUGCACGUCAGCCAGAGCACCCGGGUGCUCACCCACACCCUGGACCCGCGCUGGGACCAGGCGCUGCUCUUCCACCGGGUGCUGCUUUACGGGGACCCCCGGGGGGUCCGUGACGAGCCCCCAGCUGUGGUGGUGGAGGUGUUUGACCAAGAAGGAGAGGGUGCUGGCAGCUUCCUGGGGAGGUGCGUGUGCACCCCGCUUGUGUGGCUGGAUCCGGGGCACCGGCAGCCCCCCCGGCUGCGACGUUACCCGCUGGAGGGGCCGGGAGGGCCGGCGGGGGAGCUGCUGGCUGCCUUCGAGCUGCUGCAUGAGGCUGAGGAGGGGGCCCUGGCGCAGCUCAGCACCCCGCCGUGGAGGGACGGCACCUUCAGCGUCCCCCUGGGCAUCCGGCCCCUCCUGCGGCUGGUGGCACUCGAGGUGCUGGCGUGGGGGCUGCGGGGGCUGCGCGGCCGCUCCCUCCUGCCCGUGCGCGCCCCCCACCUGGAGGUGCAGUGCGGGGGCCAGGUCCUGCGCACGCCCCCCAUCGCCGACCUCGCCGCCAACCCCAACUUCCCCAUCAACGCCUUCCUGCUGCCGCUGCACCUGCCAGCGGAGGAGGAGUAUGUGCCCCCCCUCCGGCUGCGGGUGCUGGACACGCAGGGGUUCGGGUACCGGCCCGAGGUGGGGCAGGCGUGCGUGCGGGGCCUGGGGCGCUUCUGCUGCCAGCCCGACGCCGCUGCCUGGGACAGGAUCGCUCAGAUGCUGCCCAAGAUCACCGCUGAGAAGGGGGCUACGGACAAGGCUGCGGAGAGGGAGGAAGAGGAUGAGGAAGAAGGAGACUGGUGGAGCAAAUUCUAUGCGGCCAUGGGGGACACAGCAAAGAGCCACCGGGGGACACACGGGGACAGCCUGAAGGUUUACAGCUGCGAGCUGGAGGCAGUGCCCGAAUUCGAGGGGCUGCAGGAUUUCUGCCAGACCUUUCCUCUCUACCAGCCGGGGGGGCCACUGGGGGCCGGGGAGGACCCUGUGCCCGUGGGCGAGUUCAAGGGGCUUUUCCAUCUCUACCCCCUGCCCGAGGACCCUGGGGUGCCCCCCCCACCACGCCACUUCCAGGAGCUGCCCCCCAGCCAGCCCCAGCAGUGCCUGGUGCGCAUCUACGUCGUCCGCGCCUUCGACCUGUCCCCUCGUGACCGAAAUGGGCUGUGUGACCCCUACAUCCGCGUCUCGCUGGGGGCGAAGACGCUGGGCCAGCGGGACCAGUACGUGCCCAACACCGUGGAGCCAGUUUUCGGCAGGAUGUUCGAGGUGACGGGCACCAUCCCUCUGGAGAAGGACCUGCGGGUCUCGCUGCUGGACUACGACCUGCUGCCUCCCGACCAGGAGAUCGGCAGCACCACCAUCGACCUGGAGAACCGGCUGCUGUCCCGCUUCCGUGCCCACUGCGGGUUGCCCCGCCUGUACCGCACCGCCGGCCCUGGGCGCUGGAGGGACCAGCUCAGCCCCAGCCGGGCUCUGGAGCACUUCGCCUGCACCCAGGGGCUGCCAGCACCCGAAUUCAGCACCGACGGCACCGCCGUCACCUUCGGGUGCUCCACCUUCCUGCUCAGCCAUUUCGAGAGCGGCCCCCCUGCGCACCGGCACCCUGGGGCGCCCCGGGAGCGCCUGGCCCUGCACGUGCUCCGCGCCUGUCGCCUCGUCCCCGAGCACCUCGAGACGCGGACGCUCUACAACAGCACCCAGCCCGGGCUGGAGCAGGGCAAGGUGCAGAUGUGGGUGGACGUCUUCCCUGCCAGCCUUGGGCCCCCUGGCCCCCCCGUCGACAUCACCCCCCGCAAACCCCAGAGGUAUGAGCUGCGCUGCGUGGUGUGGAACACGCAGGACGUGGACCUGAGGGACACCAGCGUGGCCGGGCAGAGGAUGAGCGACAUCUACGUCACCGGGUGGCUGGACGGGCUGGAGGAGCAGAGGCAGAAGACGGACGUGCACUACCGCUCGCUGCAAGGGGACGGCAGCUUCAACUGGCGCUUUGUCUUCCGCUUCGAGUACCUGGUGGCCGAGCGGCUCUGCGUCCUGCCCCGAAAGGAGCAUUUUUGGAGCCUGGACGAGACGGUGCAGAAGCUGCCCCCCAAGCUCAUCCUCCAAGUGUGGGACAACGACAUGUUCACGGCCGAUGACUUUUUGGGCGUCCUGGAGCUGGAGCUCAGCCGGCUGCCGCAGCCAGCCCAGCGCCCCCAGGACUGCGCCCUGACGCCGCGGCCGAGCCGCUGGCCCUGGCGGGGGGUGCGGGGACCCCCCCACCUCUCCCUUUUCCGGCAGAAGCGGGUGAAGGGGUGGUGGCCCUGCACGGUGCAGGAGGGUGGCAAGCGGCGCCUCUCGGGUAAGCUGGAGCUGAGCCUGGAGCUGCUAAAGGCCAAAGAGGCAGAAGAGCGGCCGGCAGGGAAAGGGCGAGAGGAGCCCAACAUGUACCCGGCCCUACAGCCACCCAUGCGGCCGGAGUGGUCGUUCCUGUGGCUGCAGGCACCGCUGCGCAGCCUGCGCUACGGCCUCUGGCACCGGCACCGCUGCCGCAUCGUGCUGGGGCUGGCCCUGCUGCUGCUCCUCGCCCUCAUCCUCGCCUUCGUCUAUGCCGCUCCGGGUUAUUUGGCCAUGAAGCUGGUGAACCCUCUGCAAGGCUGGCAUCUCUUCGGCAGUGCAAGCAAGCCCUGA